AUGGGUGCCGUGGAGCUCUUCACCAAAGACGUUGCGCUACCACAAGAGCUGCGGUCACUACCAUACGACAUAAACAGUGUCAUGCACUUCGGGGAAAGAGACUACAGUAAAAAUGGUCACAAAACCAUUUUCUUUAAGAGUGCAAACACCAAGCAACGUCGGGAGGGUUUAACAGAUACCGAUUUAAAAAAAAUUGAAAUUGUCUAUGGAGAAGAAUGCCGGGUGAGAGACCGCCUUGAGAAAGUUGAGCUAUGCCAAUCUUACCCUGCAGUCGUAAGAAGGAAGAGACAAACAGAGACGGGUGAAACUGUAAAGAGUUUGAGAGUCAAUCCAAAUAUUACGCCACCUCCCUCAACACCAGCCCCUGUUCCUACACCAAGAGCAUCUGAAGAGAAUGUAUCACAAAAUAAUAUAACGGAAACCCUAAAAAAACUAGGCGUAGAAAAAGAGGCUCAAACAUUGGUGGAUAACGUUUUUAAGUUAUCCUCAGAAGCUCUCUUACAUGCCAGAGAGAAAAUGUGUAAAGACACAAAGGGUCCAGUAACUCUACCUUCUAAAACGACAGAGAAAACACACAAUAACGACAUCAUUGGAAUUUUGGAACUGAUAGCCGACUAUGCUAUAGAGACGGUGGAGAAAGCAGUUUCAAAUUUAACUGUAUUCUGUGAGAUGCCUGACGUUCUAGCAGCUUAUCAAAGGUCCUGUAACUGGCAGUUAGAUAACAGAUGUAGACCUACAUACAGGUCUACGAAAACUGGCAAUGUGUUUUAUUCAACAAAUUAUAGACCAUAUAUUAUUCAAUCGACAAAAGUAAAACAUAACCAGAAGUAUUCUUAUGAUAAACCGGCUUGGAGAAGUGGCAAUAAUACAGAUGAGGGUACCACACCACAGAUCCAGGUUAGAAGAAAACGAGAAGCCCUCGAUGCUAAGAAGACUUCUCUUGUUAAAGAGAAAUUACAGAAGGAGAAAAUGAAUGCUAAAGAAAAGAUAAAAGAGACUCCAGUCACUGGUAAUGAUGCAAAACCUGAUUUGACUGUCAGUGGAAUUAAAAGGCGAUUUUUUGAAAGGCGUAGAUAUAAGACGAAAAAGGACACCAUUAAGCCAGAAUCACAAUGGGCAUCAUCAGAUGUAUCAAGUGAAGGAGGGACAGGUGUGAGUGCAUCUAGAGGGAAAGAGAUCGCUGAUGUUGCUGAAGUGAAUGACGCUCCUUCUUCACCCAACUUGAUCAAAGAGAGCAAAGUAAAUCAAGAUACUACUGACUUCGGGAAAAGGGUACAUUUUGAAUCCAAGGAAGUUUCUAUUGUUGAGGAGAAUGUCGUUGAAGAAAUGGACAAAGAUGACAGCGAAGUCGAUGUUCCCGCCAGAAAGGAAAAAAUAGCUAAGUCUAAGAAUAAGAUUAAAAUGAAAGAUACAUUCGAAAUUAUGGAUAAAAAGUUAGAGAAAACGAAAUCGCCGAAUCAAAAAAAGCGUAGUCAUGAUGGUCUUCCUGAAACCGUUCAAUUAACAAGAUUGAACAAAGAGUUUUAUUAUGAAAGACGUUGGCCUGAAGGUGUUCUAAGAUACGUUAUCAGUCCCCUGGAAAACUAUGACUUAGACGACAUGCGGGCGAGGUUAGGAGCAGUAGCAGCAAUCCUCAAACGUAAAACGUGUGUGAGGCUGGAGGAAGUGACGGAGGAAGAUGCUAUGAAUUACGAAGAUUACUUGGUGCUGGAUACCAGCCCUGAUUACGUUACUGGAAGAGUUGGUGGGCAACAGAAAGCUAAUUUUUUAUACAAUAUGUACAAUAAAGUUUAA